CCGCGCGCGGCAAACGAGCGGGCGAGCGAGCGGAGAACCGAUCGGGCAGUCGAAGUGGGACCGCGGAAAAUAAACGUGCAGAAGUGGGGGUCGAUUCAAGAAUCGAUGUGGACACCCUCGCCUACCAAAGUCAUUCACCUAACGGUCAUCGGCGCGUCAAGAGUCUUCAUCUUCUUCCGUUAUCCGGUCUUGUGCCAAUCGCGGAGGCUCGCGAUCGGUUCGCGACCCGUUCACGUGAAAGAAGUCGCGGCGGGGCGUGAGUAGAAGGUACGGACAUUUCGGCUAAUUCGCAAGAAAAAAAAAAGAGUGGUGAUUUCUCGGAGGACUCAAUUACGAGUACCGAAUAGUGAUUGGCAGAAAGUUAUUAGGUCGAUUACGACGGGAGACUUUUUCUCAAAAACGUAUACACAUCCCAGUGAAAAUGUAUUCCCUAGUGUGUGACUGACUGUGCGGUUUUGUGUCAUUUUUCUUCUACCUGUCCGGCCGAGGACAAUGGACCAGAUUUUGCCAGCUUUUUGCAAAAUGGCGAGAAGUGUCUCGGGAGACGUAUCCUCGGAAAACAAUUGUGACACAUUGGAAUGCUCUAUCUGAAAUCGAGUCGCCGCCGAAUGCUGCUCAUCGUAUCUGUUGCACUACGUUAAUUCAUCAUAAUAAUAAAAAUGAACCAACAGUGCAAGGUGUGCGGCGAACCAGCGGCUGGCUUCCACUUCGGUGCAUUCACCUGCGAGGGUUGCAAGUCUUUCUUCGGGCGCUCGUACAACAACCUGAACAGCAUCGCCGAUUGCAAGAACGACGGCAAGUGCGUGAUAAAUAAGAAGAAUCGCACCGCGUGCAAAUCUUGCCGUCUGAGAAAAUGCAUCUUCGUCGGCAUGUCCAAGUCCGGCUCGCGAUACGGUCGCAGGUCGAACUGGUUCAAAAUUCACUGUCUGUUACAACAGCAGCAACAGCAAGAGCAGCAGCAGCAGCAGCUGGAGCAACAGAUGCAACAGCAACAGCCGCUGCAGCAGCGUCAGCAGCAUCAGCAGCAGCAUUAUCAGUCGGCUAUUCUCAUGUCGCAUCAAUUGUCGCAACAGCAGCGUAAUCCGACUAGUUCGCCCAUCCACGGCAUUCACGGCAAUCAGUGCAGGGACGAGACCCUGUUGAUGAGCGCGGACGAAUACAAGAACUCCAAUUCGCCUAACAUAAGCUCGCCCGAGUCCCACAAUAGCGACAGCUCCGUCGACGUCUCCGAGAGGAGAGCGGCCUUCGCCGGACAUCACAGCAUCCGGCCGCUACCGCACUUGCCACCAGUCGAUUUGUCCACCGCUCUGGGCCUACCAAUGGGCUUUCCCCUUGGCGGCAUGUCGCUUUUGCCGUCGGCCUUCCUGCCACCACCCGGCCUCACCAUGUUUCCACCCUACGCUCACAUAUACGCGACGCCGCACAGCGCAUCCCAUCCCCUCAUAGCGAAUCAUCCGUCCAGCAUGCUGCAACGUUCGCCGCCGGCGACUACGAGCGACGAGAACGACGAGCCCGCGACCGCCACGACGUCGACCAUGACAACGACCGUAGCCACGGCGACGCCGUUGAGAAUCUCAACGACCGAUGAGAAGGAUUCCUACGAGAAGAACAACAAUAACGAUCGAUUCUGCCUAGAUAUGGUUCUAAAGAGUGAGCAAACGCCGGAGAGACCGCGGAAGAGAAUGCAACUUUCCGAAGAUAACUCAACCGAGUGCAGUCCGGAACGGGAAGUCGCUUGCCCACCACCGCAAGAUAAUCCAAUGGAUCUCUCUAUGAAAACUGUCGUGACACCCGUUAGCGAGCAUUCGCAGACCGAGAUAGACGAUGAGAUAGAUAAUGCCAGCGAUACAGAAAACUCGGCCGCGAAGAAGCCGAUAGAUUUAACAAAAAGACCAUAAUCCUAAGACCAUAAUUCAAAAGGACAAGAAUAAUUGAGAUGAAAUGAAGAUGUUCUUCUUUCCUCUCUAAUGGACAUCUGUUCCUAUUGGAACAAAGUGUAUAACGCUUUAUUUAAAUUUACCCGCAUACUGUUGUUCGUCAGUUUUAUUUGAUUUCAAAAAACUGAAAUGUUUUAUAAUAAUAGAUAUUAUUAUUAACUUCACAUGGAGAGUGCAAGGGAGAAGAAGAAUCUUUUUUUUUAUCUCGCUAUUCUCUGGUUACAAGAUCGCGUGUACACGAAUAGCUUUCUCGUAUCGUGAUUGUCCUGUCGUUCAUAUAUGCACAGGAACGCUGUGGAUUAGCCUUCGAAAAUGAAAUACGCGCAAUUCGAGAUUAGAAAUGGUACGCCAUAGAACCAAAUUUUUGCGUUUUUUUUUUCACGGCUUAUCUCUAGUUUUAAUCGAGCGCAAUCGUCAAUGUGCGCUAACAACGAAAAUUAUAUUUUGAUAAGUUCGAUAGAUGCAAAGUAGAAAAAGAUUCGUUUAUCGAUUAAAUCUUUAAGCAGCGAAAUAAAAUAGUUUAUUACAUUGAUGAGGCCCUUGCGUCGGUAUUUAUGUUUAUAUUAGCGAGAAAGAGAAUUUCAUAUUAAUUUUCAUAUUAAUUUUCAUAUUAAUUUUAUAUAUACUGAAAUUGGCAUUUAAAAUGCGAACUAAGAAAAAGAGUUUUAAACACUGUGUUUUCCAACCUAAUAGAAAAAUUUUAAUUUUCACAAAUUUCUAUAUAUACACAAAUUCAAAUAUUUAUACAUAUUUAGUUAGUAUAAUUUAUGUAUUUAUAUAGAAAUUUGUGACUCAAUUGUAAUAAUACUGACUAAACCUAUGUAAAAGGACAAAACUACCAUCCAAUAUUUUUAUUUUUAGAAUCAUAUGCAGAAAUACAUUUUUUAAUUCAGUAUGUAUAAAAUUUAAUAGCGAAUUUUAAUAUGCUUCAUAUUAUUAGCGUAUAAUUUUUCCGUUAACCUUCUAAGUUGAUUCAAUGAUUAUCUCUAACAUAUAUCGAACUUCGGCAAUGUAGUAUUGAGAAAAUGGAGUUAAAAGUAGUGAGAAAAUUUUGAUUAAAUGUAUGUUCAGUUGGGACGUAAGUUGACACAUACACACACAAAUCGUUGUAUAUAUCUAUUCUACGUACAACACACAAGUAUACGAUUAGUUAUAGACAUAUCUCGUGAUUUAUAGAAAAAUUAAUAAAAUGCAUAUCGAUUA